UUCAUUUUCCCGCACAAACUCCCUAGUCCCUACUUUCUUCCAUCUUCUUCCUCUGCUAUCUUCUCCGCCGGUCCAAUUCCGAUCAAAACUCCGUUCACUGCUCUGAAUCUCAUGAACUCUCACUGCUAAACUCCGAAACCUCCCCAACCCAUUGUUCUCUGUAAUUUCAUUACCUCCAAUGGCUUCCAAGGACCCUGAGGAGGCCGCCAACACGGCCACUGAGGAAGGAAGUUUGGCCUUCAAGAAGAAGCGGGCCCGACGCGUGAGCUUUGCCGACGUCGAGAUCACUUCGGUGCAUAUCUUUAAGCGUGACGAGGACUACGAGACGCCUCUUGAGCCCCAAGCCACUCCCGAGGCUGCUCCUCCGGACAAUGAGGUCCUAGGGUUCUUCAGGAACUUGGUUGAUAGCGAUGAUUCUCUUGAAUCUUCGCCUAAUUUGGAUGAUGAUGGUCUUGGGCAGAGGAAAUCGUUUCUGAGACCACUUGGAUCGCCGUCGCCGGGGAGUAUUUCUGCCGGCUCUGCAACUUCCAAUGAUGAAGACAAUUUUUUUGGACCUGUAGCAGCGAAUUUCAUUAGACCCAGGCGGUUGUCUGAUUCUGCUGCCUCCGAUGAUAAUCAUGACGUUACAAUGGAUUCAACAGCAUUUUCAAUGCACUUUCGUAGCCUUGCUGAAUCAGACUCGGGGAGGGAGCUCAAAACUCCUACGGCAAUUCGGUCUGCAUUUGAAGAGAGAACACCGACCCGGAACACCAUGCCUACUAACUCUGACAGUUUUAUGACACUAACGAUGGCUGACAAGCUGAUUUUGCCAUCUUCGCAAUCUGGUGAUUUGGUAAGAAGUGAAGAUUCUAAUGCAAUGAGCAUCGUGGGAGAGAACUCUAAUAAAUACGAUUAUGGGAGAUUAUCUCCCUCUUUCGAUGCACUUUUGACUGAAGGAAGCAGGGAACUCUAUGCUGUUUCGGUGGAUGAAAAAUUGUCCAAACAGAUUGAGACUCGUGAAGUUGAUCAGAUUGGACAACGCAAAUAUGAUAUGGAAAUUUGUGAGAGAACCGAAAUGGAAGCUGUUAGUAAGGGAAGCAACCAAUAUGCCAAACAGGGAGUUGAGGAAAGUAUACUCAACAAUGUCACACCCCAUGAAGUUUUUCAAUCCAAUGGUUUGUUACAAAGAAAUUUGUCAGAUGGGUGGGCUAAGGAAGAUUUUCUGAUUGAUAAGAGGCCUGAGACACCAAGAAGUGUUGACUACAAGCUGAAAAAUAUAUCUCCGCAAAAAAGAUCAUUUUCUGCUGAACAGAAAACAUCUUUGGCUACUUUUAAUUCACCUUCAUUUUCUGCUCUUGUGACUCCUAACUCGAAGCUGUCAAAUUAUAGAUUGAGUACAGGAAGCAUGAAGUUUGGUAUGGGUCUGUCGUCCAAGCAGAGAAGUAUUUCUAAGUUCAGCCUUCCUGAACCUUCUCCAUGCGUUUCGAGUAUUAAGGAAGAAAUUGGCAGAUUAAAAUCCAGACUAUCAAGUUAUUCUUCUAUGGUUAACUUGAGUGGUCAACCUGAACGUUGCAAGGAUCUUGAAAGCAAAUACAUACACAUUCCUGUUGUGCGUUUAGAAGAACAACUUUCUAGACUGAAUGGAAACAACGGUGAAUUUGAAAUUUCAUUUAGCACUAGUGGCAGUGGAGUCAAAACUUCAAAAGACUUCCCUAGGCUGAGCCAAAGUGAAGAACCGAAAGGUUUCACUGGUGCUGGAGAAACACCAGGCUAUAUGGCUAUGGAAAACUUUUCCAAUAUGCAACCUAGUGAACCGGCUAUAGAAUUAAAGUCACCCGCUCAAGCUACCUGGACUGAGAAAAAAGAUCUUAUGCCACAUAUUUUGAUUGCUGAAGAUCAUUUGUCGAGGUCAUCUACUAGUAUCAAAAUUGAUGAUGUGACGGACAUUAGACCCGAUGACAGAGAACAAAAUAACUCAACUAGUAUACAUGAUACACUUGUUUCAUCUCCUUUGCGAAGUCCAGAUGUAAGGUUAUUAGGAAACAUUGAAUGUCCGUCUGGUAGCUUUGGUGAACUGAAGCAGUGUGACCAACAGGUCAAGCAUGUUAGUGCUUGUUUGACGCAAGGUCAAGCUGCAGCUGCAGAUACAAGCAAUACCAGUCCUUUGACUAAGAUUGCUGACAAUUCAAGUUCAUUGCAAUCCAAAAGUGGAGCUGUGUCAGCUUCACCGUUCCUGAAAGGUCAAUCUUGGGUAGAUGGGGAUGAUAAUGGAGUUAACCUUUCAAAUUUGCAGAAUAAUUUUGUAACAUCUAAGAAUUUGCAACUGUCUUCAAGAGAUGGGAACAUCCUGAAUUCUCGGUUGGAAAGUCCUGCCAAGAGCUCGAAGGUUGGUGCUUUUUCACCGCAGUUUCAAAAGCCUUGGACAAGUGAACGAUCCAUUAUGCAGAGCCCCAUCAAUGGAAUGCCAAACUACAGUACCAGAAGGAUAAUUUCAACCCAAACAUCGUCUGGCAAGAAAGAGCCCAAGGUUGCCAUCUCUUGUAUGUCGACUCCGAGUCCUUUCAAGAAUGAACGAACUCAGAGUUCUGCAAGGGAAAAGCCAUUUCAAAGUCCCUUCAGGAAUGACCCUUUUAAUGAAACAAAAGACGAUGGGACCUUCAUGAGGAAAGUUAGGGCUUCUCCAACAUCCAGUUUGAGUGGACAUAUUAAUCAUGAUAAUGAUCAAGCAAGCCACAUAUUGGUGAGUUCUUCAAGGAAGACCAAUCACCGCCUUUCAGGGAGCAAGAGAAGAAACAUUGAUUUGAUUCCUCUUGACGGGGAUCAGGGUGACAAUGACGUAAUAGUAAGGACUCAGCAAAGCCUAAAACUUAAUCAUAGUGGAAGUUGUAAUGUGGGCUCUCCGUUAGAAGAGUCCAACCAAAUAAGCAAUGGAAGCAAGAGGACUGAGGGCAAUACACUUAUGCAUUGGACAGAUAUGGCAAUAAAGUUUUUAGCAGAGACAAAUGAUUUGCUACCCCCAUCGAUCAACAAGUUGAACUCAAAAGCAAUUGAGAGGCUUGAAGAUACUUUGGUUCACCUUUUGAAGGUUAAAGAAUAUGAACUGCUGUGUUCUGAAAUCCAAUCUCAGAAAGUCAUUGAGAAUCCUGGAGCAAUACGUAAAAGAGUAGUGGAAGCCAGAUCGUUGGUGUAUAAAGUAGCAUAUCAGAAGGCAAAGCUUCAGUUGGUUUGUAUAAAGCGUGAUGGAUAUCAGAAUAGAGCACAGUCAUUGAACUCUCAUAUUGAGGAUUUUCAAAUGUUGAAGUUGAACUAUGACCGCCUCAGGAAAUGUGGUUCAAGGGACAGUCAAGUUGACGAUGGAAACAGUCUUUCAUGCCCAAUUGAUUCUGAGGCGUCCUGUGAUAGAGCCAGCAUGAUAAAGCACGAAAUUGAAUCUUUAGAUGGGAAGAUAAAGGGAUUAAGCCAAUAUUUUUCAACAUAUUGUAACUUGAAAGGAGUAACUAGUUCAACUGACAUCCUUGGAUUAGUUAUUGAUCAUCUAAGGAAGAGAAAGCUCUGCAGGUCUAUUUAUCAGGGUUUGCAGAUGUGGAAGGUAGAUGAUUUUGAGAAAAAGAAUGAUCAUUACACCAUACUUCUCAACUACCUUAGUUAUGCCUACCAAAGGAUUACAAUUAAAGCCAAUCCACUCCCGGGUGUAACCAUCUUAAAUACAUUGAAUGAUACUCAUAUUGAGAAGAACUUUCCAGAAAUGAAUGCUUGCUGUGCAUUUGCUUUUGUGAUAAACGUUGAGAAGACACGGAAGUAUAAUGCCUCCUGGCAUUUGCCCAAAGAAACUCAAAUGAUGAGUUCUUUUCUACACAACCUGCUGGAUGUGAUUGCGGAAAUGCAGAUAGCCCAGAUAGAGAUUUCAAAUCUCAUCCUAAUAAGAUUUUACUCACCUUCAGACGAGAAGCUCGAUUUGCAGCUUAGUUUCAUCAACUUCCAAAGUGGCAGGAAGGUAAAUCUUGUUCUGGACGUAUCCGAUUUGAGUCGAGGGAUUUACCCUUCUGAAGUUCUUCCGCAUAAGGUCGAAUCUCCUGCUUCGAAUAAAUACACACUCUCAGAGUCAAUGUUAAAUGACAUUAGAGCUGCAGUUGGGAAUUUAGAUUCUGGAUAUUCGAGGAUUUUAAGAGUUUGUAGAUGUGUUUCGGAAGUUGUACAAAGGUCAUCAAGCUGAUGCCGACAAUAGCAUUUUCUCUGUAUUUCUGUAUGUUGCUGGCAGUUCCAGCAUGAUUGUAAAAUCUAGAUUUAUUCAGCUGUCAGGUAUUUUCCCCUUGAAAAUACACGGAGCAAUGAGAAUGUUGGCUAACCCCUUGGAUGAGUUACUUCGUGAUUUAUGUAUGUAGUUGAAGCUUGCAAUUUGACCAAUUACAUCUAAACUUUGAGCAAGAUCAAUGAUGAUAAAGGCUGAGAUUAAUCAAUCUUGGUUUCAUGACUUUGACGUCUCAUCUAAUAGUUCAAGUCCAUCAUGGAUGAUAGAAAAGUGACUUGCGAGGAUCAAGUUGGAGCUACACCACGAGGUUAAAGCUAUCAGUGCACAGGCUUCAUCAAGCAUCAUCAUUCAAAAUUAGGAAAGAUGGGUUUGAAGAAAAAAAAGAGGUGAAAUCACUUUGCUCGUAUAACAUGUUCUAGGGAUACAAUAAUGUUGAAGAGAGAAAGGUGGGAGGAGGACAAAGCACUUUUGAACACUUUUUGGGUUGGUGGGGUUGAAUGCUUCAUUGUUGAAUCUUUGCUGUCUUUUCUUCAUUUGCCAAGUAGGUCUUCGAUUCCCCUUAUUUACAAAUCUCUCUCUUUCUCUCUCUUUGAGCUUUGAAGAUAGCAUCUAAGAAACAGGGUUUUGAAGAAGAUCUAUUGCAAUCGACAAUUCGUCUCUCA